AAGUGCUUCAUGUGUGCGUGGGACUUGUGUUGAUAUCGCUAGUUGUAGAGAAACUCAAACACUCAAUAAAAUAGGAUCCAGGAUGUUGAUAAGCCCAGAGCAGGUAGCUCUGAUAGGGCAGGUGUUUGAGGCGUAUGUGACAGAGCACCACAGGAGUGACAUUCUGCAGAUCCUUCAGGAGCCUGAUGAGGAUGCCCACUACCCGGUGGUUAUCAACGCCAUGACACUGUUUGAAGCCAACAUGGAGGUGGGCGACUACUUCAACGCCUACCCCAGCGAAGUCAUCAACAUCUUUGACAACACCCUUCACCGAGCUGCUAAGACAGUGUUAGAGAACUCUACACAGCAAAGGUGGCACAAGGUCAAACACCACCUGCAUGCCCGAAUCACAGGUCUUCCUGUGUGUCCUGAGCUCACCAGGGAGAACAUCCCCAAGUCUCGGGACGCUGGUCACUUCCUCUCCGUCACGGGCACGGUCAUCCGCACCAGUGUGGCCAAGGUUCUGGAGUACGAGAGGGACUACAUGUGCUCUAAGUGCCGUCACGUGUUCUCCCUACAAGCUGACUUUGAGCAGUACUAUAGUUUCGUUCCCCCUACCAGCUGCCCCAACCAGGACCUCUGUAACUCCAACAAGUUCACCUGCCUGUCAGCCAGCUCCACCCCGGCAGCAUGCAGGGACUACCAGGAAAUUAAGAUCCAGGAGCAGGCCCAGAGGUUGUCUGUGGGCAGUAUUCCUCGCUCCAUGGUGGUCAUUUUGGAGGAUGAUCUGGUAGACAGCUGUAAAUCAGGUGAUGAUGUUACAGUGUAUGGAGUAGUUCGUCAGCGAUGGAAGCCCCUGUACGAGGACGCACGCUGUGAAUUGGAUCUGGUGUUGAAAGCCAAUUUCAUUGAAGUGAACAAUGAGCAGAACAUGGCAGCUCUGGUCCUAGAGGACAUGCAGCAGGAGUUUGAGGAGUUCUGGGACAAUUACAAACAUGACCCUAUAACUGGCAGGAACCAGAUUCUCAUGAGCCUGUGCCCACAAGUGUUUGGAAUGUAUGUAGUUAAGUUAGCUGUUGCCAUGGUGUUAGCAGGUGGGGUGCAAAGAAUAGAUCCUUCUGGAACGAAAGUAAGAGGCGAGUCUCAUCUUCUGCUGGUGGGAGACCCAGGCACAGGGAAGUCUCAGUUUCUGAAGUACGCUGCUAAGAUCACUCCCCGGUCAGUCCUCACUGCUGGGAUCGGCUCCACUACCGCAGGGUUGACGGUGGCAGCAGUGAAGGACUCCGGGGAGUGGCAUCUAGAGGCAGGAGCACUGGUGCUGUCUGACGGAGGCCUGUGUUGUAUCGACGAGUUCAACAGCAUCAAAGAGCACGACCGCACCAGCAUCCACGAAGCCAUGGAGCAGCAAACCAUCAGUGUGGCCAAGGCAGGCAUGGUGUGUAAACUGAACACCAGGACCACCAUCUUGGCUGCCACCAACCCUAAGGGCCAGUACGACCCGAACGUGCCUGUGUCGGUCAACGUGGCCCUGGCCAGCCCCCUGCUCAGCCGCUUUGACCUGGUCCUGGUCCUACUGGACACCAAGAACCCUGAGUGGGACCGCAUCAUCUCCUCCUUCAUACUGCACAACAAAGGAGCUCCCUGCCAGUCGGAGGAUUCUUUGUGGAGCAUGGAGAAGAUGAAGGCCUACUUCUGCCUGAUCAAGGGGCUGCAGCCGCAUGUGUCUGAGGAGGCCAACUCCAUCCUGUCCCGCUACUACCAGCGGCAGAGGCAGAGCGACAGCAGGAACGCAGCCCGCACCACUAUCCGCAUGCUGGAGAGCCUCAGCCGCCUUGCUGAGGCACACGCCAGGUUGAUGUUUCGAGACACUGUCACUGUGGAGGAUGCUGUUGUUGUUGUCUCUGUCAUGGAGUGCUCUAUGCAGUGCGGUGUGUGUGUGCCUCAGGGGGGCGCUCUCCUGGGAGAUGUGAACGCUCUUCACACGUCAUUCCCUGACAACCCCAGUCAGCAGUACCAGACACAGUGUCAAAUUGUUCUGGAGGGCCUCCAGAUGCCUCACCUUCUCUACAAGGAGAUGGACAGGCUCUCAAGCUUACUCCUCGUGGCUGUUUGGAGUUAUUCCUCAGGGUUUGUCUUUUCAGUUGGAGCAUCUUUUAUGGUUCCAGCACCAGCUCUCCUGGAUGGGUCCCGGGGUGUGAGUCGCCAUGGCAGGGUACCUCCUCGGCUCCCGGUAACAGUAACCGAGGACGACGCCACAGCACGGCCUCCGACAGUGGUGACACGGGCAUCGGCACGUCCUGCUCCGACAGUGCGGAAGAAGCUGGGCGGAGCCUCCCUUCCAGUGAACACUCUGGUGAAGAUCAAAGAGGGCCUGCUGCGACAGAGAGAGCUGGAGAUUGACAGACAAAAGCAGCAGAUCCUACAGCUCCAUGCCCGGAUCAGGGACAAUGAGCUGAGAGCGCAACAGGUCCUCCAGAGCCAGAAGGGGCGCUGUGACGACCCCUAUCUACUUAACGCUAAGGAGUCUCCAUAUGACAGUCCUGUAGCACAGCCACACCCCCAGCUGCAGGUCCCAGAUAGGGUGAGUCCUCUGUGCUGUGACAACGGGGCGCUGGGCCAUAAGCUGGCCGCUGCAGAGCUGGAGGUCAUCCACCUCAACGAGUUCCUCAAACAGAACACCCAGAAAUACACAGAGGACAUCAAGAAGCUGGAGGAGAAGAUGAAGACGCGCGACCGCUACAUCAGCAGCCUGAAGAAGAAGUGUCUGAGGGAGAGUGAGCAGAACAAGGAAAAGCAGCAGAGGAUAGAGACCCUGGAGAAGUACCUAGCUGACCUGCCCUCCCUCGAUGAGGUCCAGACCCAAGCCCAGCAGCUGGAAGACGGUCAGGGGAAGGCCCAGGGUCUGCAGGACACAGUGGCUUGUCUGGAGAAGAGUCUGGAGGAGGGCUGCGCCGUGCUGCAGGCGAAGGAGGACCUGAUUGAGACCCAGUGCAAGCGGGAGAAGGAGCUGGUGGCUGCUGUACAGAGCCUGCAGGAGAAGGUGGAGCAGUGUCUUGAGGACGGGGUCCGGCUCCCCAUGCUGGACCUGAAGGAACUUGAGGUAGAGAACGCACGGUUACAGGAGCAGCAAGCCACCACCACCGAGCUGAUAGACAAUCAGAAGAACCAGAUUGAAAAACUCACCCUUGAGCUGACGGCUGUAGAGCGGAGGCUGCAGAAGGAGCGAUGUCUCUCCCAAGAGCUCCAGCAACAGCUGCAGGGCGAGGACCCGGCGCCACUCGCUGACACCCUCCAUCAGAACCAAAGGCAGGUGGAGGAUGGUGUGGUGAUCCAGCAGGGCUGCGGGGGCCAGGAGCCAGAGGCAGGGCCCCUGCUGAAGGAGAUGUCCUAUUGUCUGCUUGACCUCAAGGCCCUCUGUAGUAUCCUUACCCAGAGGGCCCAGGGCAAGGAACCCAACCUGGCACUGCUACUGGGCAUCAAAUCGAUGAGCAUGUCAGGGGAGGAGAAGGACAACUCUCUGGUGGAGGACAGCUUGCGGGCCAAGCUGCUGGAGGUUGGCCAGCUUAGGAAGGACAUUGAGGACCUGCGCACCGCCAUCUCUGACCGCUACGCACAGGACAUGGGCGAAAACUGUGUGACGCAAUGACACACCCGCCAUGAGGGGGCACUGAUGCCCAGCGACGGCGUGUCCACUCACCAAGGCUUCUGUGUCACAGCCAGCGAGGGUAGGAACAAAAGCCUGCUUGGAGGAAAACCAGGAAGAACAGUGUUAAAAAUGGAAUAAGAAACUAGGUACUGUCAAUGCUGUAUUUUAUAUACAGUUUUACAUGAUGGAGGUAUCUAGCUCCAGCUUUCUGAAUGUAGGAUCAAGCUGUGAAUCAAGUUUACAAGGAAGUCUUAAAAUAGGAUGUUUUGAUUUUUUCAAAUGUCAAUUGCACUUCCUGUAUAAUAGAAUGAAUUCCUGCAUGAUCAUGUACAUUGCUUCAUGCACAGAGACUUAUACCUGGAGGCCCUGCCCUCACAGAAGGGAGUAUAAGUGUUUGGCCCCUCCCACACAAUCUCACCGGCCAGUAGGAAACUGACUCACUGCUGCUCUGUCAAGUGCCUCUGUGUGUGACAGCUUCUCCACGAAUCUGCUGUCCUCUUCCUAAGUUGUCUCCGAUGGCAACCCAUAGUGCUCCUCUCACGUCGCCCCGUGUGUUAUCCAAAGACAAACCCCAUCGAACUCUCAGCAGCUGCCCAUAGUAGAGACUGCAGAGUGGCACUUCUUCCUUCAGCUCCACAACAUGCCACACAAACUGGCCAAACAAGAGGCUGCUUCUGUUCCUUUUCAGCAUUUCCGGUUCCUUGUUAUGGGUGUUUCUUCUGUGUGCAAGUCGUUCGCUAUUUGGGGUAUGAAUGGUUUUCAAUAGAAGAUUUCAGUGAUGUGGAUCACCCCAAACUGGUUAUUUGGAUAGAUAGUUAAUGAGAAAGCAUGGCAAUAACCCCUUUCAUAUUAUUUGCUGUUGUGUUCAACAUAAUAGCAUCAGGUAAUAUUCAGGUGUUUUUCUAACAAUUAAAUUCAGGAAUUGUUUUUACAAGUUCAGAUUGACUAGUAAGAUCAGGGCUUAAUACUGCCCCAUUAUUUUAAUAGGUGAGCAGAUUAGUCAAAAGAUAUUAUUGAAAAAAAAAAAAAAAAAUUAGGCUGCUUGUGUAAACACAGCCAUAGACACCAUUUGAUUGAGACUGAAACUAAUGCAAAACCACCACAGCAGCACUUCUACAGUACAGGCCCAUAUUACCUACUGGGACUUGACUGUCAAUAGGCAACAGUUACACAUUGAGUUGACUGAGGAACAUUCCUCCAACCUCAACCACAGAGGGGUCUCUAGAUUAAUGCAUCCAUGGAGUAAUCGUUGGUUCACAUUCUUCUGUUUUACUUUAAUUGCUGUUCCCACUAUGUCACAGGAACACUCUUGCUUCAUCUCAAACUAUUUGGAAUGUGAAUUUUAGCGAGCCGGUCAUGACAACCAACACAUUACUGUUUGCUAUAAGGCGGGGUUUCAAACUGUCCCCCCCCCCCGGUUUGUUUUCACCUAACGCGACACAGCUGAUUCAAAUGAUCAAGCUUGAUUUGAAUCAGCUGGUGCAAAACAAAACCUGCUAUAAAGUGUUAUACAUUUUUACAGAUAUUGUAAUUUAUCCUGGUGACAAGAUUUUAAAAAACGGUAAUCAGUUUAGAGCCAAGUAUAUUUUGCAUGUCUCAAUUUAGACUAAUGUAGGUUGUAGAGUAUUAUAUUAUACCAUUGUAUUACCAAUCUUAGAAAGGAAACAUUGGCUAUGUAAAAUGUUUUGGCAGGUUACGAUAAAGAACAAAGGUCGACUCGGGCCUAGAUUCAAACCAUACCACUGAAGAGCGGCAUUGUAAGGUCAUUCGAUUGGGCUGACAUGCAACUUUUAAAAAUUGCACAGGUCUUCAGCAAUAUAGAUUGAAUCUAGUCCUAAGCCUUACAUGGAAACUAAUAUGCAAUGACACAUGCACCAGCUAACACCUCCCAUUCAGUAGCAGAUCUGAAAUGUUAUUGUUCUGUGCCUUUUCAUCUAUGCAGCAGAUAAGAGUUCCUGUUUCUACCUAUUGACAGGGUCUGGAGACAACUAUUCUGCAUCUUGUAAAUAAGAGGCUACCCCUCACAAUUAUGCUAAGCCAUAGCCACAAAAUAAAUAUAGCCACUCAGGUAAAUUAAGGCCAUAGCAGGCUCUUGUAAACCUGAAGAAUGUACUCUGAUGCACAGCAUCCAUUGUGAGGUGUAGGUCUGUGGAAGUAUAGUGCUCAUGUAGAGGGAAACAUGUGUGGUUGUCAUGGCUGUCUGCACUGGACUAGGAGCCACUGGUUGGCUUUCCUGUACAUAGGAAUUUCUGUUUAUGUUACACUUCAUUUUGCAGCUAGAUUUUAUGAAUGCCAAAAAGUUUAUUUAUAUAUGUUCCUAAAAGUAUUUUUCCAUUUAAGGCUUGAUUGUCAUUUGUACAGACGGCAAAUAAAAUAUUUUUCUAUAACA